AUGCAAAUGUGUGGUUUUUGAUAUUCUCGGUUCACCUGAAGGACUUAUAAAAGCUUCGGCAAACAGGAGUGGGUCAGAGUUUUCUGUAUCGGUGGCGAAAGGCACUUUAUUCCGUCUCCUCUCACAUCUAUUUGCCGGAUCUUUACCGCGAGGACAGCGAGGAUGAAGUAUCUCCUGGUGCUCGGGUCGCUGCUGCUCCUGAGCGUUUCGUACGGAGACGGUUUGCGGUGCUAUCACUGCGAGAAACACGAUACCCCAUGUAUGUCCAGUUUGAGGACCUGCAGUCUUCCCCACGAGCAGUGUUACAAGGGAGAGUCUACGUUGAUGGGACAACCCGUGUACGAGGCCGGCUGUAUCGCAUCUGAUCGCUGCAACAAAUCCACCCCAGAAACCGUGGUGGGUUUGCCGGUCACCUUAACCGCCUCCUGCUGCACCACCGACCUGUGCAAUGGGCACCCAGAUGUCCCAGCAAACGGUCUGCAAUGCUACCACUGCCCGGCAAGUCAAACCCCGUGUCAAUCCAGGGCGUACAUGUGCACUGGAGCCAACACUCAAUGCUUGACCAGAGUGACGGAGGCCGCGGGGGUACGCUUUACUGAAACGGGAUGUGCUGUGCCUCACGACUGCAAAAUGAACGUAGACCAAACCAUCUUGGGCCAGACGGUCUCCGUCAAGUACUCCUGCUGCUCGACCAACCUGUGUAACGCGGCCCCGGGUGUCAGAAUGCCGCUGGUGACCGGCGCGGCCCUGGCCUUUGCCUGGUUGGCGUAUCUGGUGUAAAGCCGAGGCCUCCCCCUACUCUCGCUGGAGCUCCACAACGUCCACCCGUCAGACCGCGGCUGUCUGGGCUCGCUGGACGCUGGGUGUUCGGGGGGGGUGGGGGGUGGGUGGGGGGUUACGAAGGGGAAAUAUUGUUUACGUUUCAUGCCGUGAGGGGGUGGGAGGGGGGAACGGAACGGGACGUGAAUGUAGAUUUGCCAAUCGCAGGUCAUUCUUUGUGCUUCGAGCAAAUGAUUAAAGGAAACCUUCGUAAACGG